AUGGACGCGUCGAACGGAGCGUCAGUGUUGCCAGUUACAAAGAUCCUGGCUGCCUUUGUCGCAUCUGCUUCAGUCGAGCAGCUGGACGAUAAGCUCCGGACGAAAAUCAAAGAAGUCUUGAUAGACUACAUUGGUGUGGCAAUAGGUGGCUAUGCCAGUGCAGACUCAUCAAUUCCGAUCUACAAUGCGGUCGCCGCUUUGCAAGGCACUGCAGCAAAUGGAAGCUGCACUGUUAUCGGGAGGUCUGAAAAGAUGCUUCCGCAAUAUGCAGCAUUGCUGAACUCAGCCUUUGCACAUUCGCUGGACUUUGAUGAUACUUAUGCUGAAGGCUCGUUGCACGCAGGCGUCACCACAAUCUCAGCAGUAAUGACACAAGCUGAAGUUCUCGGAGAAUCAACGUCGAUUGAGGAGGCCAUGUUGGCGAUCGCAGUGGGCUAUGAAGUGACUUGUCGUUUGGGUCGUGAGCUUGGGACGGAGUCGUAUCAUCGCGGAUUUCACAACACAGGGACCGCUGGCAUUUUCGGGGCAGUGGCAGCCAUUGCGGUCCUGAAACAUCUCCCUCCAGAUCUGGUCGAGUCCGCUUUUGGUCUUGCUGCCAGUAAAGCUGCGGGGUCCAUGCAGUACUUGGACAACGGAUCGUGGAAUAAGCGUCUUCAUCCUGGUUUUGCCGCGCACGAUGCCUUCAUCUGCGUCGCUCUGGCAGAAGCAGGCGUCAUUGGCGCAAGCCGAAGCAUCGAAGGGAAGUAUGGGUUUCUGCAAGCUUACAGUCCUAAGUCCGAUCAGGAUCUGCAACGCCUAACUGCAGGGCUCGGAAAGGUCUGGGUGUGGUUACAAUCAAGUCUGAAGCCGUAUCCUGCGUGUCGUAUGACACAUACCUUCAUCGAGAUGGCCGGCAAGUUGCACAGCACACACGCCUGCAGGCUUUCGGACAUUACCGCCAUACAACUACAAAUGCCACCAACGAACAUCCUGUUGGUUGGAGAUCCAACACCGAACAAGAUUCAUCCGAGCAACAACAUUGAUGCGCAAUUUUCGGUCUUCUUUCAAGUCGCACAUGCGCUGUUGCAUGGUUCUGCUACAGGCAUGAAAGCCUACGACAAUAUCGGUGAUCCCGAAGUGAAUGCGCUCUGCAGUAGAACUACUGUAUCCGGUGACCCCAGUAUGACUGGAUUCUCUGGUAGGAUGCGAGUGCAAUGGAGUGACGGUGAUGUCGAGGACAUGGAACAACAGUAUCCACUUGGAGAGGAACAGCACCCAUUUCGCAAGGCAAACGUAGAUGAGAAGUUCGUUUCUUUGGUGCGGCCAGUGUUCGGCGAGGCGCGGGCAGAUGCUAUCCUGAGCGUAGUGGAGCAUCUGCAGGAGCGGACCAUCCAAGAGCUUCUGCUGCUUUUACGUUGA